CUUCACAUGAACUCUGUACCUCGACUUCCCUUGGAUUGUCUAAUCCACAUUUUCUCUCAACUGUCACCUUCCAGGUCGCAAGACGGUGAAAUUUGCGUCAGAACUCUUGCCAGAUGCUCCCAGGUUGACACAGCUCUUCGACAAGCAAGCUCAGUUGCCGCCAUAUGGGAACCACAUUAUCGGACACGAUACGAACAGUGUAAUGAAGUCAAAGACGCUGAGCGGGUCAAGGUUUACAACGAUAACUUCAAACUCAUGUUUGUGGAGAGGCGUAGGCUAGACAAGAUUGCACUAACGCUGAUGGACAAAAUUGUGGACAGCCGUCAAGGGCGAACUGAGCACGCUAGGGAGGUAGUCAAGAUGGGGCUUGACGUUUGGGACGCUCUCAAGCUGGAAGCCGAAGCCCUGAAGGGCCCAUUGCGCACUUCAUCUGACGGGUCUAUUCCCAAGCCCAAUGCAACAAGAUCUUUUUGGCUACACGCCAUCCUGGAAGAAAUUGCUCGUGGCUAUGGUGUGCGACUAUGGAGACAGAUGGUGCAUAAUGAAGUAUCUUACGUCGAUGGCUACUCGUCUAUAUCGUGUUUCUUUGGGAAGACUCAAAAAGAGAUCAAUGAUCUCCUCCAUGAUGUCACUGCUCGAGGGCGCGAAUAUCUACGAAAGGCCGGUUUCGAUCUGUCUUUUGAGGUGAUCGGCCAAGACGUGAAACCCAUCUGCGUGAAGAUAUGCCAGUUCAUGCAUGAUGAAGGAUUCGGUCGUGUGGACGCGGACUCGUUUCACAACAUAAAGAAUCAAUUUCCUCACUGCUACUUGACCACCAAUCGAAAGACUAUCCCGAUCAGUCUAGUUCACAUUUUUGUUGCAAUUGGGCGUGCGGUGGGGAUACAAGCGAGCCCGGUAGACUUUCCUGGCAGAGUCCUGGCACAUGUCGCAGACCCUAGGGAAAAUGAAGAUGAUUUCUUCGUGGAUGCCUUUGUUGACCUCAGCGACCCGAUAUUAUCUCUUCGGGACGACAUUCCACGACUGUUAAGCCGCCAAGGAAUACCACCAGACCGUACAGUUGAUUACAUUUCACCGUGUGGUCCUAUUUCGAUGCUGUUACGUGCAGGAAGGAACGUAAUGGCUGCUCUACGCAGUCCUAUUAACACGUCGGCGUCCUUGAGUCGUUCCUCAAUCAUUUUUACUCUUGGUAUGUAUAUACAACUAUCGGAUCGCCCAGACUUGGUUCGACCGUUCAUUUCCGGAUGUGAGCCAUUGGAUUGUGCCACUUUUGUCGCGGAAGACAUGAUACCAAGUCAUCCUGAAGAUUCUCGUACCCACGAGCUUUUGACCGUAGGAAUAAAUGACGUUCUAGAACGAGAGAAAGCGGAGGCGGAGGUAGUUCACUACCGCUCUGAAGCAGAUGUCUCCAUUCAAUACUUCGUUGGUUUGUUGUUCCGCCAUCGCCUAUAUGGCUAUGCCGGCUGUAUCUUUGGUUGGGACCCUGUCUGUGCAGCCUCAGAGGAAUGGAUUCGUGAAAUGAGGGUUGACACCUUACCACGAAACAGGCUACAGCCCUUCUACCACAGUUUCUGUGACGACGGCAGCAUACGCUACGUCGCAGAAGACAACAUUACCGUGCUACUGAAUCCUUCACAGGGGAUAUUCAGUACUUUGGAAGAAAACGUCAACAUGCUACCGAGAUAUUUCACUGGAAUUCACAUGGUACACGCGGGCAAUACCUCGAGAGGUAGGUUCUUCUUGAGCCCCGAAGUUCACAAGGCAUACCCAGAGGAUGACGCCAUUGGUCGUGCUUGGGUCGAACCGUCCUGAUGAUUGUAGCCUUAUCUCAUGACUGGGGGAGGUGUUAGUGUAACAAUA